CAUUAGCUUAGUCCUGAAGGAGCGAAGCGACGUAGGGACUGAGCUCUGUUUGGUACGGCAGCUUCGGAGCUGCCUGAGUUGUUUAUCUUCCUCUCGGUUCCUUGGUGAAGGCCUUCUGCCUUCACUUAGAGAGCACUCACAUCACUGUGAGUGAUUACUUUCAAGCCUUACCUUUCCUUCGAGUUCGACCGAGUUCCCACUCUUCGCGCCGUCUUCUAUGGCGAAGAAGAACAACAAAGUAGCAAUCACCCAGCAAGCACAAGCUCAACAGAAACCAGCUACUCGUAGUGCUACUCGCAAAGCAGGUGCGGCCGCUCCCGAGCAGCCUCAGAAUGGCGGGGCCGCUAAGGCACCGCGCGCUCAGCCGCCGCCGGGGGAGGAGACCGAUGACGGCUUUGAGGACUCCGACGUUGUCGAUAGCGAGGAGGAGGAUUCCGGCAAGUCUGAGGCUGAUCUUCGCAAGCUCAGGUUGCUGAUCCGCAGCGAAGUGGCGCGCUCAAGGCGCCUGAGGGCCAAGCCUGCCAUCAAGAAGAAGCCGUCUCCUAAGGCCUUGCAGCGGUCUUUGAAGCCGGUACUGGCCAAGGAGCUGGACCCUCUCCUCUGCGCGACCGCCAGCGACCCUUUCACCACCCCUCAGGCCGGCCACAAGCAGAUCUACAAGAUGUUUGAGAUGAUGGCCAGGAACGCCAUUGAGUCUAUGGAGUCUGGUGACGACCGCUUGCUCAAGCACUAUCUGGACUCGAUGAAGGGCAUGGCAGGCAUCUGCGUGGCUGCGGUCGACAACUUGGGCAGCGUUCACAGCUGCGGCCUCAAUGCGAUGCUCCGCUACAUCAACAGCACGCUCAGCGAGGUGGUGCUGACUCCGGACAAGGUGUCCUUUAACGCCACGCUGGCCACCGCCUUCUUGAACGCGGCGCGCGAUGAGAGCGGCCGCGGUGGAGGCAACAGGAGGCGCGGGCGGCAGGAUCGCCGCGAGCGGGAUUUCAAGCGGGACUCGCGCGAGGAUUCGCGCGAGGCGGAUCGCGAGUACGACCGGGAGCGGCGCUACCGUGCGAGCUAUGAGAACAGGCGCAGGCGCUAAAGUGGUUGUGCCCGCGUGCACACUUCAAGGAGAGGUGUUUCCAGCUGUGUAGCGCCGGCGGUCGGCCUCGUGUUGGGUUUUGUAUGCGCCCGCGUGCGCUUGGCGCCCGCGUGCGCCUGGAGGGGUGGCCCCUAGUACUUGGUGUUCAGUCGCCCGCGUGCGAAUAGGUUUAGGCGCUAGGAGCGCGAGAGAAGGGUUUCGCUGGAGGUGCUUGUUUUGCCCUGUCGGGUCGGGUUGGCCCCCUUGGUCUUUUGCCGCCGGCUAGUAUCGUUAGGCCCUGGUGCUGGCGCAGAGUUGUUGACUUCCCCCCCCUCCCGGUUUGGCCUGUGGCCCCGCAGACUGCGCCGGAGUGCGCUGAGGACUUAAGGCUGUUGGAUCAGCUCGAACUGGCUCUUGUUACAGCACUGCUUCCGCUCCUCUCCCUCUUCCCCGUCCCAAGUUGGCAGCCUGGUGCUUUUUUAGGCCUGAGGUCCUUCCCCCGGUGGUCGGCAGCUUUGGCAGCUGUCAGUUGCUUAAUCUAGGGUGGUUAACCGCGCCUUGGUCCUGCAGUUCGUCUUAGGCACCUUCAGCGGGCUCCUUAUCACGUAAUCUUCCCUUCGUUCCCCCCGCCACCCGUCAGUGUGCUAACGGCAGGACCAGGAGAUCAAGAUGAAGUUCCCCAGCUGGGUCAAGAGGGCUCUUAGCCUAGUUGGUUCUGGCAAGGAGAAGAAGGAUGUCCGGACUGACGUCGCCAGGGCAGCGAGGGAGAUUGAUCAAGUUCCGAGCGCCCAACCGGCGGCCGGUACCGGCGGCGGCCCUAACGAGCACGGCAGGCCGGUCAAGAAGCUGGCUGUCACAUCGGGCGAUGGCAUGGUGGCGCAGACGGCUAGGGCGCCGGAGUCGGCGCCGCGGAUUCGGCACCGCAAGGAGCCCGCUACCCCAGCCAUGCCUGUAGAAGGUAUGGAGCAGGCCGUAGAGGGGGUCAAUCUAGAGGACAUCCCGGGAGAAUUUGCCGUUUCCGCUGAGGCAGCACCAGCAGCGAAACCGCAGCCGCCAGUUAUGAGGGGGAGGCUCCGGGCUAAGGCUCAAGAAUGGCAUGCUUGGGUCUCCAACCCCUUGGUUCUUAGCUGGAUAGUAGAAGGGUUCCCUCUCUCGUGGGAGAAGGGCCAGCCACCGCCGCCUCACUUUGCCGGCAAUCACGCUUCAGCAGAGCAGCAUGCAGAUUUUGUUGACCAGGCCAUCUCCGACCUUUUAACCGCCAAAUCCAUCCUUGAGGUUCCCCGGAAGCCGCGCAUGGUCUGUCCCUUGGGAGUAGUCGAGCAGGGCACCAAGAAACGCCUCAUCUACGACGCUCGGCCGGUCAACGACUACUUGCACAUCCCCAAGUUUCGUUACGAAGACCUGAAGGCGGCACCGGGCUUCUUGCUUCCUGACGACUUCGUUUUCACGCUAGAUCUCAAGAGCGGCUACCAUCACCUUGACAUCAGGGAGGACUGCUGGCAGUACUUGGGUUUCCAGUGGAGGGGGCGUUUCUACGUCUUCACGCAACUGCCAUUCGGUCUUGCGAGCGCAUGCUGGGCUUUCACGAAGCUCACGCGCGAAGUACUUCGGGGCUGGCGGCGGCGGGGCUGGAGGUGCAGUGGCUACCUCGACGACCAGUUCCAUGCGGACCAAGACCCCGAGCGGUUGGUGCGGCGGAGGGAGGUUGUCUUAGCCCAACUGGAGAAUCUGGGGUUCGUGGUCAACCGGGAGAAGUCGAUGCUAGGGGCCCCCGCGCAACGUUUUCGCUAUCUGGGCAUGCUCCUUGACACCAAGGAAGGCGUUUUCAUCGUACCAGAGGACAAGCGCACCCGUGUCUUAGACGCCAUCAACCUCACCCUUAACUCACGGCGCAUCCCUGUCCGCGCUUUGGCUUCGAUUAAGGGCCAGCUCCUCGCCAUGGGCUGGGCUUUCGGCCCCUGGUCGCGGCUUCGCACCAGGGGCCUCGGGAGGUUAAUUGAAACCCGCCGGUCCUGGAGCUCCCACUUGCCCCUUUCAGAUGAAGCUCGGGAGGACUUGCUUUUCUGGCAGCAGUUCUUUGACCAUUUCAACGGCAAGCGCAAGCUUUGGGAGCCCACCAAGGUUUACUCCAUCAUUCAUUGUGACGCCGCCGGCAAAUCAGAGGUGUCUCUCGGCGGCUGGGGCGCCUGGACGGUGCUAGGCGGUCAGCUGGCAGUGGCGCGGGGUGGCUGGGACCCCAAGACACGGCAGUACGCAUCAACUCCGCAGGAGCUGAAGGCGGUCCUGAACGCCCUCCGCUCGUUCGACAGCCCAGCAGGCCUCUCGGGCCAUGCGGUCAAGGUGAUUACGGACAACCUCAACACCGCCAACAUCAUCAACAAGGGCGCGGCUAAGGCGGACGCGUGUUACGAGGUGGCGUACGACCUGCUUUGGUUCUGCGUUGAGCGGGACAUCAGACUGCAAGCCGAAUGGCGCCCUCGCGAGCGCAACCAACUGGCGGACUACAUCUCCAAGAUGAGCGACCCUGAUGAUUGGAGCCUGCAGCGCAGCGUGUUCAAGAGGCUGAGCGAGAUGUGGGGCCCCUUUGAGGUUGACCUGUUCGCGUCUGACUCUAACCAUCACCUCCCAACCUAUUACUCCCGCUUCUUCACGCCGGAUACCGCGGGGGUCGACGCCUUCCGUUUCCACUGGGGUCGAAAGUGCUGGGCGAACCCCCCAUUCUCCCAGCUCCUGCGGGUGUUGCGGCAUGCGCAAACGUGUCGGGCCAGACUCUGCUUGGUGGCCCCCGUGUGGCCGUCAAGGGAUUGGUGGUCCUUCCUGACGGAAGACGGCUGCUUUUUUCGGGAUUUCGUUCACGGCAUGCAACCCCUGGGUUGGGCGGCGGAGGUUUUCUCACCCGGGGAACGGGCAAUCCCGAGAGGGGCGGGGAACUGGCUGGUCAUGGCGCUGCUCCUCGAUUUCGCCGCACGCUCCCCCCGCCUGAUUAACGUUCCCGAUGACCCGGUCCGGCCCCGCCCACAGAGGCGCGACUAAGGGCGGACGCGCUCUUGGGCUCGGUUGCAGACGAGGCGGACGGCGCACUGAGGUCCUUGGCGGAGGACUUCAGCAGUCAGGCCAGCGGCGCGCUCGCAGCGACCUCGGUGGCCAUCUACGCUGGACCGUGGCGCAAGUUUGUGCGUUGGUGGCAGGAGAGGAACCUCCCGGGAACGGUUUUCGACACGCCACCGGCAGUGGUGGGCUUGUAUCUUUUCGCCGUUCACACGGCGGCCGCGGCGGACGGGGUUGGCGAGGGCAGGGUCAGGCAGGCCAGCGCAGCCAUUCACCACCACUUCACAGCAGCCGGUUUACCUUCGCCGACGUCCCACUCAAUCUGCCGGAUCACCCGGAGGCUCGCCGCGAAGCAGCUAGUGCCCAAACCGGCUCCAAGGGACGCUCUCACGCGCGAGGACCUCCAGGCUUUCGUACAGAGGUUUGGGGGUCCGGAUGCGGGGCUGCUGCCUUUAAUGAUGUCUGCGGCGGUUUCCCUCAUGUUCUUCGCUUUCCUACGGUUUGACGAGCUCGCUGAGGUGUCUGUCCACCGUGACCUCCUCGUCAUAACUGACUCGCACAUGGAAGUGUUCAUCCCCAGGUCUAAGACAGACCAGACGUGGAAGGGAGCGUGGGCGGUGGUGGGGCGGGUCAGCGGCCCCAUCUGCCCCGUCGCGCUGAUCGAGCGGCUGCUGCGGAAGGGGCGCUACCGUCGGGAGCCCAGCUCAGCUCAGGAGGAUGUCGGGCCGCUGCUGCGCACGGUCCAGAGCACAGCAGCGGGGGGCCGCCUGCAGCAGCUUGUCGGCACAGUUGAGCAUCCGGUCUGGAGCAUGAGCUACAACGCUUUCAGGGCCCGUUUGGCGUACAUGUGCGGGCAAGCGGGCCUACAAAAGCACAUCACGCCGCACUCAAUGCGCAUCGGCGGCAACAGUGCGGCGGCGGAGACGGGUGUCUCAGCGGAGCUACGCAUGGCGCACGGCCGGUGGCUGUCUCCGCAGAUGGUGCAGCUGUACACGCGGCGGACGGUCGAUGAAGCAGUGGGUCUCACCAGACGCCUGGGCCAGCGCUGAACGAGGUGCGCUGCCCGGCGGCUGGUGCUGGCGAAUCAUGCUUGUGGUGCUGUGGAGGGUCGCCGUGCGGUAGCGCGCGCCUGCUGGCGGCGGCGCUGGGAGCCUUUCUUGGGAGCCUGGAGUGCGUGGCGCCGGCCGCUUGGAGCCGGGGGGCCUGGGAGUUAUCGGGGGUCUGGUUUUGCUGCUGUGGGUCGGCGGUUGUGGGCCGUGGGCUGGUCUCGGUGACGGGUCGGUGGGCCUGGUUCGUUUCGUGGUUCUCAGUUUGGUGUUGUCGGUGGGGUCGGUUUCGGUUUCUUCUUGGGCUUGGGCUAGCCGUGGGCGUGUUGCUGGGUGUUGCUAGGGGUCGUUGGGUUCUUGUCGGUUAGUUGCCUGGUUGGGUUUUGGUUUUUUGGUCGCCUGCCAACUUUAGGUGCUGGCCGGAGCUGCAGCGGGGUUUUUGCCCUUGUGCGCCCCUGUUCCCGUUUUUACCCGCUGCGUUCGCUCCGUGCUGGUUUUGUCUCGGGAAUGCAGGGGCUGGCAGGCGCCCUUAGAGUCCUUGGUUGUUUUCUUGGUUGAGGCGGCUCGCGCGACACCCUCGCGCUGCUGGGGUUGCAGUUCGUUGGUUGUUGUGGGUUGGGUUGCGGCCGGUGGUCGGCCUUCGCCAGACUUGGUUUUUUGGCUGUUCGCGCGUUGCUGUCGCGCUCGCUCGCUUGCUGUGUUUGCUCUCCACGUGUAAGGUCCAGUCGUCUGCUUCCUGGCUCGCUCUUUCACGCUCAGCUCGUUACAACGAUAGGCAGCUGCUUAGGACCAAAC